UGCUGGGUCCACAGUGUGUCAUGGGUCCCUGUACCGCCUCCCAUUGCUCCCACUCUGCCAUGUGCCACUUUCAGGUCUCCUUACACUGUUGGUGGGUUCCAUUUUGUGAUAGGGUGCUGUAUGGCCUUCCAUUGCUGCUGCCUCCACCGCCACCCUGCGCCAUGUGCCUCUGUCGUCUGCUCACGCUGCUGACGGCUUCCGCUUUUUAACCGAGGCCUGUGUUUGGCUUCCGAAUACUGCUGCAUCCACCGCCACCCUGCGCCAUGUGUCUCUGUCGUCUGCUCACGCUGCUGACGCUUCCGCUUUUUAACCUAGGCCUGUGUAUGGCUUCAGAAUAAUGCUGCCUACACCGCCACCCUGCGCC